UCCUCAGCGAUACUUGGAAACUACAGAGACUCGAGGAGAGGCAUCCGGCGAAUAUCUUAAAUCCCUUAUAUUUCCGCGUCAUUAACAUAACAGCAUGAUGAACACACUGAGACUAGUAGCCCGAAGGAAUUUCCACCAGCUCCGAAACUUCAACAAGGGUGCUGUUUAUGGCCAGACAGCAGAAACUGCAGUUUCUCCAGCUGAGAAACUCACUGCCCCUCCACCCGAGGGGACUGACAAGCCUGUCAGUGAUAAAAUCGAAAAACUCGUGAAAGAUAUCACCGCGCUCAAUCUCAUGGAGGUUGCUGAGCUCAGUGAUAUCCUCAAGAAGAGGCUGAACCUUCCUGAUGCUCCUGUAAUGCCUAUGGGUGGAAUGAUGAUGGCUAAGCCAGAGUCAGAGGAAGAAGAAGCAGCCCCUCAACAGAAACAAUCAUCAUUCACAGUGAAGCUGACAGGUUUCGAUGAGAAACAAAAAGUUCCACUAAUCAAGGAAAUCAAGGUUCUCGUGCCUGGAAUGAAUCUCGUCCAGGCCAAGAAAUUCGUGGAGAGUGUUCCGACGAUUGUUAAAGCUGACGUAGAGAAAGAGGAAGCUGACAAAUUGAAAGAAGCGAUAACCAGAGUCGGUGGAGUAAUCGAGAUAUCGUAAAGGACCCAGUGAAAAAUUGUUAUAAAAAAUGUUCCAUUCUGUCUUUAGUUUUGUAAGGGAGAAUAAGAAAAUGUUUUCAUCAA